AUGAUAAUGACAUCCACCGAACUACCUCCAAAUCUGUUCACUGAACCUUUAGAAGAUGAAUUGUAUCAGUUGAAGUCACAUUUAAAGGGGUACCGUCCCUCAAUACCCUGCAACUUAAAUCCGCAACAAUUUCUGAGGUAUGGUUCCACUUCUUCUAUAUCAUCCAGCAGUUCAGUUUCCUCUCAAGCUGAUGCUAGGUCAAUGGGGUUAAAGACCCAAUUACAUCAUCCUGAUAAGAGGGUGCCAAACUUUGCUGAUAAUCAGUCAUUUACUCUUCAUCAACGAUUGCACAAUGACGAUAAUCGGUCAAUGUCUUGGAAUAAUCGUCGCCAAAGUGAAAUUUCCCCUUCUGUGGGAAGAAUUAGCCCGUUUGGAAGUUUGCAUGACGAAAAUGCAUCAUUUUUCAACAAAUAUGCUGAUCUUUCAGCUAUGACAACAUCGAUUGAUAAUGCCAUUCAACCUUCAUUAACAGAGAAAAUAUAUACCAAAAAUACCAACAACAAUAAUAAUAUUCAACAAUCAUUCGCAUUCUCUGAUUCUCCCAUGUUAAAUGGAUCAGAUUCCAAUUCGUUUAGUAAUACCCAUCCCUCUGCUCAAUUUAGCGUUAGAAUAUCGAGCGAUUUUAGUGAUGACUUCGACGAAUUUUAUUCAUCACAAACAGAUGAUGAGACAAUGAAUUAUGAAAAGGAUGAGAAAUUUUCUAAGGAUUGGCCAUUACAAGAUAAGAAUUUUGUUUUGAAUGCUACUGAUACCAAGACCAUUUUCAAUAAUGAAUUUCCUCAAGACGAAGAUAUCGAUAUUAGUGAUGAUGACGACGAUGAUGACAAGAAUGCGAAUAAUGGAAGCGAUAAUGAUGAGAACACGUACGUUAACCAUUCAUGCUCGUACAUGGAUAACUCAACACUACAAUUGGUUGUAAGUGAUAGAUCCUUGACACCACAGCAGCAAAAAAGAGAACCGCUUCAAAUUACUGUUGAUACCAAUCAAGAACUCAAAACUUCGACGGAGAUGAUAGACAAGGUAAACUACCCUACAAAACAUAGCAAAUCUAAGGGAAAGCAAAAGAAGCCCGUUGUUUUACCAAAUUCAAAGUUUGAAAACGAUAUUUAUACAUGCAUGAUGUUAGAUUUAAUAACAGACGCACCAUGCUCGGCCCAAUUUUCUAGAUCCUAUGACUUAGUAAGACAUCAAAAUACAAUACAUGCCAAGCAAAAAAUUGUUUUUCAUUGUUUACAAUGUAUUAAACUUUUUGGUGAACGUGGAUUCUCAAAAACGUUUUCCAGGUUAGAUGCUUUAUCGAGGCAUUUGAAAUCCAAGCAUGAAGGCCUAACAUUGGAGGAAAAAAAGGAAGUUACAAAGUAUGCGAAAAAAAAUAUUGGAUACAUCAUGGCUCAAUAA